AUGGGUGGGGUGACCUCGUCCAUGGCGGCCAAGUUCGCCUUUUUCCCACCGAACCCACCAUCCUACAAGCUCAUCACAGACGACCACACUGGUCUCUUGCUUCUCAGCCCAUUCCCUCACCGAGAAAACGUCGAGGUUCUCAAAUUGCCGACUCGGCGUGGCACUGAGAUAGUGGCCAUCUACAUUCGCCACCCCUUGGCCACUUCUACUCUGCUUUACUCUCAUGGCAACGCCGCCGAUCUGGGCCAGAUGUACGAGCUGUUCAUCGAAUUGAGCAUCCACUUGCGCGUCAAUCUCAUGGGGUAUGACUAUUCAGGGUAUGGGCAAUCAUCUGGAAAGGCAAGUGAGCAGAAUACAUAUGCCGAUAUUGAAGCUGCAUAUAAGUGUCUUGAAGAAAGCUAUGGUACUAAGCAGGAAGAUAUCAUUCUCUAUGGCCAAUCUGUUGGAAGCGGCCCCACAUUGGAUCUUGCUGCUCGGCUGCCUCAGUUAAGAGCUGUUGUCCUGCAUAGUCCCAUACUAUCUGGUUUAAGGGUCAUGUAUCCUGUAAAGCGUACAUACUGGUUUGACAUUUAUAAGAAUAUUGAUAAAAUUCCACUGGUCAAUUGUCCUGUUCUCAUCAUUCAUGGAACUGCAGACGAAGUAGUUGAUUGCUCUCAUGGGAAGCAACUGUGGGAACUAUGUAAAGAGAAGUAUGAACCACUAUGGCUUAAAGGAGGGAACCACUGUGAUUUAGAGCUGUAUCCAGAGUAUAUCAGGCAUCUCAAGAAGUUCAUAUCAACUGUUGAGAAGUCUCCUUCCCAAAGGUACAAUUCUAGGAGAAGCACAGACCAAUUUGAGCAGCCUCGGAAGAGUACUGAUGUUUACGAAGUUUCAAGGAAGAGCACAGAUCGAAGAGAGAAACCAAGGAAGAGCACUGAUAGGCCUGAAAAGCUGAAAAAUCAAUUCAUUAGUGCUGAUAAACUAGAAAAAUUAAGAGUAUCUUUUGAUCAUAUGGAAAGGUCUCGGAGAAGCGUGGACUGCCAUGAAAAGUCCAGAAAAAGUAUUGACCACCAACUGGACAGAGCACGGAAGAGUGUUGAUCGGUUGGAUAGAAUACGAACUGGGUAA